AUGGAUUCCAAAGAAUCUUUGAACAUCGAACAAAUCCGCAUCGUUGAUGACUACUCGGAUCCACCGCCUGCAUAUUCGCCCGCGCGUGCUUCAGUCGCGUCCUCAGAAGCGUCCCUCUGGACCAUCGAGCCGGACUUUUCCCCUGAGUUUACCAACGAUUCACGGGAGCUGGACUACUGCUUUGCGCCGGAAAAAGAUAGCAAGUUUAGUAUCAAAGCGGACAUCACGUCGCGCACGUCUGCUUUCAUCCAGGCGUUCAUGCGGCCGAGCACGCAGGCUCGAUUGGUGAGUGUAGGGUUAAAUCGCAGCGAGUCUGGAGGGAGUAGCAGCAGCGUUCCUUCAUGUGGUGAACCCCAACCGGAAAGCCCUAACCCGCCACCACUGGACAUCGUGGUGAUGGUCGUCGAUGAAUCCAUUGACCCCUUCAUAAGCAUCACAAAACAACUCCAGCAAGAUUCCCACCGGGUCCGGAUCGCUGCAGAUGUCUCAUACGCAUCGCGGGUACGAAAUCACGGACUGGACUUCUUCGCCAUCCCUCCGAUCACCUCAUCCUCACGAAGUUCCAGGACAACCAAUGGUCAGGCUCUCAACUCAGCCGAUGACCGAGCGAACCAUGUCCGCAACCUCCGCCAUUCCCUCUUCGAAGCAUACAAACGAUGCUGGCAAGCCUGCAUUGCGCCAUACCGGGACGACGCCCGGCCCUUCAUGGCGGACGCGAUCAUCGCCACCCCAACGGCGCAUGCCCACAUCCACUGCGCGGAACGUCUAUCGAUCCCGCUGCAGAUCAUGUCCGCGACACCGCAGAGCCCUACCAAAGCCUUCCCGCAUCCUGGAGCGCGUCUGGAUCCCAACGAGGAGAUCGAUCAGCCGACUGCCAAUAUGUUGUCUUAUGCGUUAAUUGAGGAGUCGACGUGGCGUUUAAUCUUGGAGCCCCUCAACAUAUUCCGACGACAGGUUCUCGGGUUGAUGAGCAUUUCCCCAACUGUGGCGGGAAGGCUGAUAAUGGACCACGAGAUUCCACACACGUACUUCUGCUCGAGGGUUCUGGUUCCGAAGCCGAGGGACUGGGCGAUCAAUCAUGAGAUGUCCGGCUAUAUUUUCCACGAAACCGAAGAGUUCGACCGCCCACCGAAGGAUCUUGACAACUUCAUCUCGUCGGGCGCAGCACCGAUUUAUCUCAUGAUGAGAGACCCUAGCAUCGUGGACUCGGAUUUGCUGGUGACAGUCAUCCAGGAGAGUAUACUAAAUCGUGGGCUUCGGAUUGUUGUCUCUGAAGAGUGCCGGCACGUCUGUGCGAAGCUGGACAAGCCCAACGUUUACGUUGUCAGCUCCAGCGCCAACGACUGGCUACUCCCCAGAGCAUCUCUGGUCGUCCACAACGGGAGCAUAGACACCACGAAAACGGCUUUACGGCAGGGCAAACCAAGCGUGGUCAUCGCACAGACCGAUGACCACCUUUCAACCGGCCAGACUCUCGCGAAAAUCGGCGCCGCCGCCUCGCCCCUACGCGCCAACGAGCUCACCUCCGAGACCCUCGCCCAGGCGAUCGGCUUCUGCCUCCGCACCGACGUCCAACAGACCACCCGAGCCAUCCAACGACAACUCCUCGACGAGGCCGGGGCCGCCAGCGCCAUCAAGUCCUUCUACCGCUGGCUGCCUCCGCAGGUCCAACCCUGCAGCAUGACCAAGCAGGACCUGGCCAUGUACCAGAUCUGGAACCGACCGUCGCAGACCAUCUCCCCGGAGGCAGCAGCCGUCCUGCUGCAGGAGCAACGCAUCAAGCUUACGGAUCUCGUGCUGUAG